AUGCUUCGUAACGUCGUCGAAUUCAUUGUUAUUAAUCUUACUUUCUUUGUCUCUUUCGCUUUAUAUUUUUUUUUUAUCUCUGUCUGCUUCCCUCUUUUUAUUACUUCUUCAUCUAUCUCUUUAUCACUCUCUUUGAUCCCUGACUUUCUUCUGCAACACUCGUUGUAUUUUCUCUCUCUUUCUCUCUCUCUCUCUGACUAUCUUUCUUUCUCUUCAUCUCUCUUACCUUCUCUUUUCCUCUGUACUUUUGUCUCUUUUUCUCUGUCUUUUUCUCUUUCUCUCUGUUUUUGUCGCAUGUUCUCCCUUUUUCUCUUUCACAUUGGUUGUCUCUUUUUCUAUCGCUGUUUCUCUUUGUCUCUUUUAGCGAUUCAUUUUUGUCUAUCUAUUUAUCUUUCUUUUUCGAUCUCACGCUGUUUCUUUAUAUCUCUUUCUCUUUCUCUUGCUGUGACUCUGAAUCUGUCUACCUAUCUUUCACUCUCUGUUAUUCUUUGUAUUUCUAUCUAUUUCUCUCUGUUUCUAUUUCUCCCUUUCUGUUUCACACUCUGGUUUCUGUAUCGAUCUGUUUCUCUUCUUCUCCACGUCUCUCUCUCUCUCUCUGGGAUUCUUUCUCUCUUUCUCUCAACUUUCUUUUCAGUCUGUCAUUGUCCCUCUCACUCUCUUUGUCUCUUUAUUAUUCUCUCUCUGUUUUCUUGUAUUUUCCUUUCUCACGGUCACACAUAUCCAGACUUUGGUCGGUCAUAA